AUGGCAUCAACGAAGAGGAAAGCGCCGCCAGUAAAGGUUGUCCAACCGACCACCAAAAAGAGCGCGAAGCCGACAAUAAAACCGCGAGUUAAUGAGACGAAUGCAUCGGUUGCGGCGGUUUCAAAAGUUACUGUUGCUCGGAAAGGCAACAGCGAAGCAGUGGUUGAGAUUUCCAGUGACUCGGAUAGCCAGAAUGACGAUGCCAGCAUGGACGGCAUGGAUGAUAAGGACGAGAAGGCAGAUGCAAGCGAACAAGCUAAAGCAAAUAGUCUACCUCUAUGCGUCAGAUCUAACGAAGACUAUGUGUCUAUUGGGAACGGAAAAAGGAACAACAAGGAAGAUGAGGACGAUGCCAACAUUCCCGACGAGGAGCCUACUUUUGGAGACCUUAUCCGCGAACAGGAGACUGUGGAUGUGUCUGCGAUGCUAGGCUUGCUACAGAGUGUAUCAGAAGGAGACAUGAUUGUUGCCGAUGGUGCGAACAAUGGUCUCUCUAAACGCUCACCAAGCCUUGCCUCUCUCGGAAACCUACUGAACGCUGCGUUGCGCAACAAUGAUGACACAAAUCUUGAACUUUGUUUCAACACGACAACUGAUGCAACCUGGGUACGCAACACUAUCCAGCGCAUGGACCCGGCGCUGGCUGGGCCUCUUCUACAGAAACUAGCAGCACGGAUGUACCGGCGCCCGGGGCGGGCACAGACACUGAUCGGAUGGGUGCAGUGGACGCUCAUCACGCAUGGUGGGGCGCUGGCAAGCCAGCCGGGUGUGACAAAGUCACUUCAAGAGCUACACCGAGUGCUGGAGGAGCGAGCACGUGGUCUCAACAGCCUGCUACUACUCAAGGGCAAGCUGGACAUGCUAGAGGCGCAGAUGCAGCUACGGCGUGGCCAGCGGGGCGGGGCGCGACUGACCUCGGAAGCCGGGGCUCUGACGAGCGGUAUCCGUUCUAUCGGGGGUAGCAGAAGACAAAGCAGCCGGGGACGUCGCAGCUCUCGCGGGGCUGCUCUCGUUGGUCAGGAGGAGGACGACGUGGCCGUUUACGAUGAAGGCGAGGAGGUUGGCACGCGCGAUGCAGUAAUCGUCGCUGGAGUUGCCGGAUCUGCAGCCACUGGCAGCUUGGGUGUCUCCGACGAGGAACUCGAGGAAAUGGAUGACGACGAGGCAGACAGCGACGAUGGAGACGACCGCGAAGAUGAGGGUGCUAAUGACAUCGAGGAGAUGGAUGCAGCUAGCGUGGUAGAGGAGGACGAGGUUGACUUUGACGACAUCGACGAGGACGAGGAGGAAGAAGAAGAAGAAGACGGCGAGGACCGCAGCAUUGUGCCCCCAACCAAGAUGCAGAAGAAGUCUGCAACGACAUUUUCAAAGCGGAGGUGA